AUGAAAAGUCUAAUCCCAGUAUGGGCUCGGCUGGCAAGGAGGGAAGACAGGGACAGGGACAGGGCAGAGGCUCCUCAGGAGGCCUCCCCUCUUCAGACCUCUUUUUCGGGGUCGCCAGGGUCCCGACCCGCAGGUGCAGGUCCUCCUGGGAGUAAGGGUGGCACCAGGGAAAAUCUUAAACCCGCGAGUGCCCUUUGGACGCCACCUGGGGAAUGCGCUCCCUUUUCCCAAACGUCCCUCGGCUCCCGCGUCGAACGCCGCACCAGCGGUCCUGGGAACCCAACGCCACCACAUCCGGCACCUCAACUCACAUCUGCCGCCUCAACUGUCGCGUGGCGUCCCGGCCAGGGAUCCCACAAGGUGGCUCCCCAAGAUUCCGCCGAGGGUCCUCUCCGCAGGCGCGGGUGGCUUGGCGCGCUUGGGCUCCGAACCGCUGAGGCUCCGCCAGGCAGUUGCGGAAGCGACGGACUGCCAGGACCUCCUGCCUUGCGCAGCCGGGCGUGGAGCAGGCGACGGCGAGUGCCGCGGUGUGGGCGAGCGGGCCGAGUGGCCCCGCAGCCUCCCGACCCGGCCAUGCUGCGCUGGCUGCAGGGCUUCGUGCUGGAGGCGGUGGCCUGCCAGGAUGACUAUGACUACUUACGCUACGGGAUCCUCUUCGAAGACCUGGACCACAACGGGGGCGGCGUGGCGGACAUCGUGGAGCUCCAGAUGGGGCUGAGAAACUGGAGCUCCGCGUUUUACCCGAACUCCGAUGAGCAACCUUUGCACCAUGAGAGCCAAGUGGAGGAAGAAGCGAAUGCGCAGGCAAAAGCACAAAAGAAGAAAGAUGAGGCAGAGGUCCAAGUAAACCACUACUAGCUUGUUGCACCGUGGAGGCCACAGGAGCAGAAAUAUGGAAUGCCAGAUGCUGGGGAUGCUGGUACAAGUUGUGAGACUGCAUGCUACUUUCUAGAGCUUGUUUCAGUGGACCUAGAACUUCAUCGCCAUCUGAUCGCCAGUCACCUCUGAGACCCACCUUGCUCAUAACCAGAACUGCCCAUGUUGUUCUUUUGCCCUAGACCUGUGACAUUCUGGACUAUUUCUGUGUUUACUUGUGGCCAAGUGUAACAACCAUACAAUAAAUCACCUCUUCUGCUGUCAGCUGAAGAA